GGAAUGGACGAAGUGAAACGGCAAUCUGUGGAGCAUCAAGUGUGGGAGCUGGAAUGGGAAACGGCAUUUAAUAUCCAGCUCAGAAUACAAGACAUUCUUGGCUAUGUGAUAGCAUGGGCUGCAGCCGAUAGAGUCACACAUCGCCGAUUAUUACUGCAGUGCCUGGAUGCGUUGAAUUUGCAUCCGCCAUCGUCUUUGGAAGAACCAGCUGGAGCCACUCAUACAGUCGUUGAUGUAAAUGGAGAGUCUACUGUGGUUAUCCCAUUUGAUGUGCUUCGUGGAGCUGUUUCUAUACAUCAACCUCUUUGGCGACUGACUGCUGGUCUCUUCACAGCCAGCGAAGACCAGCUCCGUUUCUUAGUAUCUACGAAUGUCUCUUCCCUGUCAGAUGAGGAAAUCGCGAUACGGCAGCAGAUGAGGAAGAUGGCGAGUACGUUGUAUGAAAUGCCACUAAGAGCACUCGUUUUGUGCGCGCAAGCCUCGGCUCAGUUAUGGCGGCGUAAUGGCUUUUCGUUGGUGAAUCAGAUACACAAUUAUUACUCUCCACUUUGUCGUGCAGAGAUGUUUGAUCGCGAUCUGCUAAUGAUGCAGGGAAUCAAGGAGCACCUGUGA